CUUAUACGGAAAUGUGUCAAUUACAUGCAAAGCAAAACAAUAUUAUAGUGGAUUCGCGAUGCAAACAAGGUCGAUGGUAUUAUCUUCUUCGUGCUAAAUAUAUACAAAAUGCACUGAUUUGUUGAUCUUUUUACAAUACAACUCUUAUUGGAUUAAUGUGUGGCUUGUGUAUAAGGAUUGUUUAUUUGAGGCAUUGGAGAUAUUUUAAAGUAUUUUUUCCGUGAGUGGAUCAAUUCCGAAGGAGGAGAUCAUAUCUGGGUCACGUUGAUACGGGCUCGCAGUGAGUGAGAGGAGACGUUGGUCUAGUGCUGGACUUGAUUGCCAAUGACUUUAAGGAAUCCCGAUGUGACGGGAUUAGAUCUUGCUCAGUAUGCUGUAUAUUUUGCUUGUUGUUUUUGGAUUAUGUAGCGGCUUGGGUCUGCAAAGGACUGCCGAGAAUGGUGAAAAUGCCAACCCGUCGUGUGUGAUUGCAUACCCGUAUGCCACCCCCCACAUUUCAGCUUUCUAUGAACAAGUGACAUCAGGAGUAGGCUGUUCCACCAACUCAACCACAGAGUCUAAUCAGGAGGUUCAUAUCAUUAACCUGCUCAAUGCUGGACCAGUUUAUCGAAAUGAUGUUGCAGAGGUCAACCUCCUUAUCAAGUCACGCAAUGAUGAAGUGUUGUGGAAACCUGUGAUAUUUGUUUUGAAUUCUCACCAGUCCGUGAAAUGGAAAGUGAAAAUUGAGAUGUUGGCUCCUCCUCGCCAAAGACAGAUAUUUGUG